AUGAACGCGAUACGCAAAACGACACAAAUCAACAACCAGGAGCUGGCAGAGGGAACAUCUAUCUCAGCGUCGUGGCACAACGACUACAAUGACACGGCAUACAUUUACAUUGGAGGACUGGAAUCCAAACUGACGGAAAUGGACAUUGCAACAGUGUUUUCUCAGUUUGGAAACCCGACGCACGUGAAGCUAUCACGUGACCAAAAGACCGGCAAGUCGCGUGGCUUCGCUUGGCUCAAAUACGAAGAUCAGCGAAGUACGGUUCUGGCAGUUGACAACUUCAAUGGCGUGGAGCUGCUGGGAAGAACAAUGAGAGUGGACCACACGUACUACGAGUCACGUGACGAGGAGGGCGACGCCAAGGAGGUGGAAAUGUUGAACAAGGCCCGCAACCAGCGUCUGGGUCGGCAGAGUGGUGAUGGUGGUGGUGAUGAGAGGAAUGAUCAUGAAGACAGAUCUCGUGAUGAACGUGAUAGAAGAUCUCACCACUCAUCACGUGACAGAUCACCAAAUGCACGUGACACAAGAGAGAGACGGUCUCAUCGCUCUUCACGAGACAGAUCGCCGGGCGAUCGUCAAAGGUCUCAUCGAAGAUCCAGGAGAUCGCGGGACGACGAUAAUAAGGAUGGAGAGGAGAUUGAGCGCUCUAGACGGUCACUUGAUGACAUGGGAAGAAUUGGCGGAGAGCGGAAUAGGCGAGGUGGAGAUUCGAAGAACGACGGAGAGAGAAGCUCGAGGAGGUCGCGUGAUGACGGAAGUUCCAGACGCUCCAGACGGUCUCGGGGCGAUGGCUCUCGUGAACGGUCUCGGAAACAGAGCCGGAGAGAUCGGUCUACGUCACGCGAUAGAUCAGGUGAGCGCGAGUCUGAGACUGCACGCGGAUCCACCAAGCUUGAAAGCACUGCCAACCAGGAUCCUGAUCUAGUGGAUCCUAUGGCUGCUUACUUUGCCGAUAAGAAGUGA